AGUGCGUUGAGUUUGAAGCGACAUUUAGUUACCCAAAGAGGGAGGUUCUAAGCAGAAAGUGACGUUUAUGUUUAAUUUAACACAAAAAGUAUGGUUUUAGUUACGCUGGAAAACUGAUAAGCAUAAAUUUUAAAAAGUAUUUCUAUAUAAGAAAAGAGUAAUGGCUUUGAAUAAGUUUAUGCACCCUAGAAACAUUUAUAAGAAGAAGAGACCAAACUUCAAAGAACUGGCCAUUAAGUACCCAGACUUCCGAAGUGUUGUCACACAAGAUCUUACAGGGAAGGUGAUAUUAGACUUCAAAAGCCCAGAGGCACUGAGAGCACUGACUUGCACACUGCUGAAAGACGAUUUUGGUCUUGAUGUUGAACUACCUCUUGACAGACUGAUCCCAACUGUUCCAUUGAGACUGAAUUAUAUCUUGUGGAUUCAGGAUAUUGUUGGGAAAAGAGAAGAAAAUGUUAUUGGUUUAGAUAUAGGUGCUGGGGCUUCCUGUAUAUAUCCACUGCUUGGCUGUAAAUUAUGUCCUACCUGGAAAUUCAUUUGUUCUGAAAUAGAAGAAGAAAAUAUACAUUUUGCAAAGAAAAAUAUAAAUGGUAAUGGUAUGGAAGGCAGGAUUGAGUUGGUUCAAACCAGUUCUACAGAUGGGUUAUUUGAGUUGUUGAAUAACAGAAAAGAGAGCCUCGAUUUCUGCAUGUGCAAUCCACCGUUCUAUGCUGACUCCCUGGAGGCUCAGGGUAUCAGCAACUGUAGAAACCUGGACAGACCAGAACCCAAGUCCAUUAACACUGGCAAUGAGCAGGAGUGUAUUGUGAAGGGCGGAGAGUUUGAAUACAUCAAAAAGAUGAUAGGUGAUAGUCUAAAGCUUAAUAACAAAGUCAGGGUGUAUACAACCAUGGUGGGGAGAAAAUCUGAUCUAGGACGCCUUAGAGCUGAGUUAAAGAAAAACAAUAUCUCCAACAUUGGUGAAACUGAGUUUUGCCAAGGAAGAACAAUGAGGUGGGGGUUGGCCUGGACAUUUGAUGAUACUGUGGUGUUUCCUAAAUCAGAAUUCCAAGUUAAGAAGAAGAGUACUGGUGAUAAGCCUCCUUUGACUCAUAUCAUUCCUACGGGUGUCUGCAAGGAAUACAAUGUGCCCAUGGCAUGGGUCAAAAUCAAGGGGAUGUUGGAUGAAUUACAGGUCCACCACAAAGGUGUGAAGGCCACUACCACAGAAAUCACUUUAAAUUUGACAGCCAAGGAAAACACCUGGUCCCAUCAGAGAAAGAAAAAAAGACAGCAGAUGAGAGCAAAACUGUUUGAGGAAAAAAGAAAGCAUUAUGAAAGUCCAUCUAAGGACAGGCAAGUAGAUGAUCUUAGGGUUGUAGAGCACAAUCAAAGUGAGGGCAUGGAAGAACUUAUGGAGGACAAUCAAGAAGCUUUAGUUCGAAAAAGGAAAUUAGAAUUUGAAGAUGAAUACAGGAAUGAGAAAGCAAGGAGAAUGGAUGAUAAUGAUGUAGUGUCAAGUGGAAAAAGCCACAUAAAGGGUCCUGAAAGUCUUGAGCCAGCUUCAGCUGAAUAUGAUGCACAGCUCACAAAUGCUCAACCUAGUAGUAGUAAUAAUCCUGACAUGGGUAUUUCCAGUGCUGUGAAAACUGAAAAUAGACCGAAUGAACUCGUGGGAAAAAGUGCUGAAACUGAAAGUACUGGGCCAAAAGAGGCAGUGCCUGUAACAGUUAAUACUGCUAAGACAGAAGAUAAGGAUUUCUUGUUUAAAACCAAACUAUCGAUAAAACAAGUGCAAGAAGAUGUAGUAAUGGAAUUGGUGUACAUUGAAGGUCAGAGCAGAGAGUUAAUGCAUCAGUUUAUGCAGUAUUUCAAAAACAGAUUGAAAUGACAUGACAGUUACAGUAUGUAAUAACCAUCACAAGAUGAUGCUUUGAUGUACCAAAUACAUAGGAAAUAUAUAUUUUUG